CUAGCUCCCAAACAGCUACUAAGCUUAUCGGGAACCUCUCUCUCUCUCUCUCUCUCUCUGUUUUGUGUGUGUGUGUGUCUACGUUGCUCAUCCUAAGCCUCUGCUAACAUAUUGAAGCAAAGAUGGUGAAUGCUCUGAUGCCGCAGUCAGCGACUAAUGUUCAUCGGCCACUUUCACUCCUGCAGAAGCCCUUGAACAUUUCGCAGCAUGGGAGUAGUUUAAGGCUCCAACCCAUUGGACCACGAAGAUCUGUAGCCCUACGUGGAAAUUGGCCGAAGGAAUGUUCCAUUCGAGCUAGUAUUUCCAAUGAAACUAAUAAUUAUGAGAUCAAACGAAGUGAUUUCCCGCCGGAUUUCAUCUUUGGAACGGCAACAUCUGCUUAUCAGUAUGAAGGUGCUGUAAGAAAAGGUGGUAAAGGAAGAAGCAACUGGGAUGAGUUCACUCAUAGAAAUCCAGAUAAGAUAAAGGAUGGCACGAAUGCAGAUAUUGCCGUAGAUUCUUAUCACAGAUACGAGGAACAUGUGGCUUUGAUGAAGGAUUUGGGUGUCAAUGCUUGCAGAUUGUCGAUUGCAUGGUCCAGAAUAUUACCAAAUGGAAAGCUAAGUGGAGGUGUGAACGAGGAAGGCAUCAAAUAUUAUAAUGACCUCAUCAAUGAGAUUUUAUCCAAAGGGAUUCAGCCUUUCGUGGUCCUUUUUAACUGGGAUCUUCCUCAAGCCCUUGAAGAUGAGUAUGGUAGUUUCUUGAAUUCUAAAAUCAUUGAGGAUUUCAAAGAUUACGUAAACAUUUGCUUUGAAAAUUUUGGUGACCGUGUGAAGCAUUGGAUCACCUUGACCCAACCAAUUUUUUACACCAUUGGAGGAUAUGUUAGUGGCUCCUAUCCUCCUGGCUCUACGUCUGAUCGUGGGACAGACCCAUAUAAAGUUGUCCACAACUUGCUCCUUUCUCAUGCAACCGCAGUGGAUCUCUACAAGAAGAAUUACCAGAAUACCCAAAAUGGCCAAAUUGGACUUACAAUGGAUUGUGAGCAUAUGGUUCCUUUAUCCGAGGAACAGGCUGACAUUGAAGCUGCUAAAAGAGCUUCUGAUUUCACAUUAGGAUGGUUUGUGAGUCCAUUAACCUUUGGAGACUAUCCAAAAAGUAUGAAAGAUCUUGUGGGUGAGCGGCUGCCAAAGUUUUCUACUGCUGAAUCGCAAUUGUUGAAAGGCUCAUUUGACUUCCUGGGAUUAAACUAUUAUACUGCAAAAUAUGUUACGGAUAUUCCUCCCUCUUCUACUCCUAGUUAUACCACCGAUGGUUGCUACAGAAGGUUAGCUCGCAUAGAUGGAGUUCCGAUUGGUCCAGCGACUGGUUCAGAUUGGCUCUACAUCUAUCCCCAAGGGAUGAAAGAUAUUCUACUUUACAUAAAGGAGAAUUAUAAUGAUCCCAUUAUUUACAUUGCUGAGAAUGGAAUUUCGGAACACAGCUUUACGACAAUGGAUGAAUCUCUCAAAGAUGACCAAAGAGUACAAUCCAUCAAGGAUCAUCUGUCUUACCUUAAGAGUGCCAUGGAUGCCGGCGUAAAGGUGAAGGGAUACUUUGUGUGGACUUUGCUGGAUACCUUUGAAUGGAAUGUUGGCCACACAGUCCGCUUCGGUAUUAACUAUGUGGACUUCAAUAAUGAUCUGGCAAUAUAUCCAAAGGAGUCAGCCAAAUGGUUUAAAGAAUUCCUUCUCUCGACCAAUAAUAGUGAAUAAUAGUCUUCCUUCAAGUUAUAUCCUAUGUAUGAAAUAAAUGUUUUUUUUUUUUGUGAUUUCCAGUUAUAUUUCUAUCCUAUUUCUGAGCAUAGUUUAUGUCAGAAAUAAAAAUAGUGUGGUAAUUAGUACAAAUAAUAGAUUGUAGUAGGUUUGGUAUGUCUACAUGUGGAAUAAAUUUUGUAUCUUAAUUUAUUGGCU